AUGAAUGUUAAUGGAGGUAAGUGAUGCUUUAAUAUUUGUGUUGCCAUAUUUUUUUUUACUAUUUAUUUUGAUUUAGCGGUUAAAUAAUCUUUUGAUUUUACAUGUUUGACCAAAAAAUUGUCAUGAAUAAUAUAAAAAUUAAAAAAAAAUGUUUCCAGGUUUCUCCAAGUCCAACGAGCCCCCCUCAAUUCGACGUUGCCAUGAACUGAACUGCCCAUCCACGCAUUGCCAUCACAAUAGUAAUGAAGCCAGGCCGAGAAUCAUAUCCGCUCCGAGCAGCCCAAUACCUCAACGGCCGGUCAUUUAUUUGGAUCAAAUAUCGCGAGGGAAAUCAUUUACAAGAAAAGAAACUCAACUGUCGUCAAAUGGAGAAGGAUUUGAAUGGAUGGAAUUGCCAAAAAGCCCCAGGGGAAUGAAGUCGCCGGGACAUACACCAAUGAGAUUUCCGAAGGGAAAAGAAAACGAUCCUGCACUUGAAGGUGGGUUAAUCGGGUUGACAAUCAUAGAAUAGGAUGUGAUAGUUAUGUUAAUUAAUGUUUGGUAGUAUAUUAAGUGCUAGGUAUACGUUUUUAGAUCAUUUUUUAUAUUGUACUGGAUCCUUUUUAAAAAAUAUUUUUCGAUUUUUUUAAACUUUUUAUAUUACUUUUUGAGGUUUCAGAUCGUAUAGACUUUGAUGCCACCCAAACCAUUGAACCAGACCGCGAUCUCACCCCAACAUUGCCCACAACACCUAUGGGCACACUUAAACCCUCCGGUUUCUUCAGCUCCCCACCCGAAUUACAGAAGUCCGAUCUGUUGGCUGAGGUCUGUAAAAGCCUAGAAAGAACUCAAGACACCCUCCGAAAAUGCAGAACUCCAGUUAUGGAGGAAGGAAGAAGCCAGUAUGAUUUUAGGCAUGAGAAGCCAAAUGAUGAACGAAAGAGAGACAACACAUCGCCAGUGAAGGCCUCCAGAACCUUGAGAUUCGACCCCAACCCUCAGAUUAGAAUGAGAACGAGCAGUGAUGUCAGCAGUGAAGAAUGGGGUGCCCAAGGGAGCUCGAAAGAUCAUGGAGAAUAUAAAAAGACGGACAAAAUUACUUCUCCCAGGGAUGUUAGAGCUCUCAGUCGAAAACAGGGCCCGGGAAUACUGAUGAAUCAAAGCAGAAGCCCCGGAUCGAAUUUCGAAUCCAGUUUGAGGUCAAGAAGUCAUGGGGAAGAUCCGAAUCACCCCCUAGACCCCUUACUAGAUGCCUCUGGAGAAGUUUACGACUCGUUGGUAAUGCGAAAGCAAGAAUCAAUUGAAAAUGACAGAAGUCAGAGUGAAAUCUUGGUCGAAAGAGAGGACACAAUCCCAUCUCGAGAGGAAUUUGAUCAGAGUCAGGGAAGAAGUGACGUCAUCUCCCCAUACCGACAGAUUUUGUUGAGAAAUCGGGAACUUUUUGAGAGAAUUAAGCCAAGAAAACUGGACUUUGAGGGGAAUACAAGUGUAAACGAGAGAAAUAAUGGGAAAAAUGCAAAGUUUAAACAGAUUCCGAUCAGACCAAAGGAUAUUAUGGACAGGAGAAUCAUGAAUGUAAGGGUUUUGGGCACUUUCAUCGAUUUUUUCUGUGAAAAUGGGUACUUUUUGAAGAAAAUUUUGAUUUUUUUACAAAAAAAAAAAUGAAAGACCUUGUAAAAUUUUUGAUUUUUUGAUCGAAAAAUUGAAUUUUAAUUUCUCUGUGAGUCGGGAUUUUUUUUCAGCCGACCCGGUUGGAAGGCCCUCCCUCUCACCGAACCAUGGCAGCACCCACCCAUUUCCAUGUCCAUCAACACUUUGAAGCCAAUUUUUCAAGCGCCAAACCAACUUCUAAGGACACCGUAACCCCAAAGCAACAAUACCUCCGGAUUCUGAAGAACAUUUACUCCCAUAAAGUGGACCUUUUGAUCCAAGAAGAGAAGGAAGCGCAGAUCAGACAAGACCGCAAAAUGGAACUGAUGGUGAUCCAGAAAAAGAAGAAUGUUGUCAAGGAAUUGGCCGAGAGAAUCCAGCAAUUCAAGGCGGAUUGCAAACACAAGAGAUUCUCGGAGGUGGGAAGGGAAUUUUUUGGGAAUUUUAUUUCGUAUUUUAGGCACAAAUUGAGCGAAUGAUAAGCAAAGAGCAGAGCAAUUUGGAUGAGAUGGAAAGCAAAGUCGAGGGAUUGCUGGAAGCCGCCAGAAAACGAAAUGAAAUCUUGAUGAUGAAGAAGGGACACAAAGGAGAAUAUUCGAACUACUCACAGUAUAGUAGCCUGGAAAGCACCAAAAAACGUAAGAUUUUUGAGGGUUUUGGGAAUCUCGGGCAAUUUGAUGACUAAAAGAAGGUUUUUCACGGCUUUUAUGUAAUGGGAGUUAUUUUAGCACCCCAUAAGUUGGACGCCGGCACCUCUCCCCAUCUCCCAGGCCAAGUGUCGGAUCGUUUUGAAAAGGAGAAAUUCAAGUUUGAGCCGAAAAAGAGCUCUUCCUCCACCAUUUUUGAAGCCAAUAUCCGAGAAAAAGGCGAUAAAAUUGGAUCAGCGGAGCCUCCAGACUCUUCGAGGUCAACGCAAUAUGAUAUAACGAGUAUUGAGACGGACCCAUCCACUCCAAUUCAAAAAUCACCAAUUGAUCAUGGAGAAGAUGGCGAAAAGACCCCGAUUCUUGCCGAAACCUCGGAAAAGGAACUCAGAGCGUUUUCAGAGGAGGACAGAACCGAUGAUUUGUUCCACACCCCGAAGAAAAAUCGAGGAUUUGGAGGUUUUCAGAUCCCCAAACUCAAUUUGGACUUUCUGGAUGAUGGAAGUGGAAUUGAUGAUACUAUGAAGGCACUGGGAAUGGAGAAACAGAAAGAAGCUGAAAAAGGAACUCAAGAUGUCCUAGAAGAACUUGAGAAUCAGCAGACGGAGCCUGACAGCAGCCAAAAUCAGCAGCAGGAGUCUGAAGUGACUCAAGUAGAAUAUAGUGAACGUCAAGAAAGACCCUCGAGUGUUCUGGGUAAUGACAACACAUUGGAUUCUACGUUCAAACGAGCCAUGGAGGAGUCGUUCCUGGGUGGGAUAGGCAUUGACUUCCGUUUGGGUGAACCAGGAAAGGGAGCACCAACUAUAGUUCAAGAAAAGGAUAUAUCGGGGAAGAAAGACCAUGAGGAUGUGGAAAAAAUUGAGGAAGAAAAGGAGUAUGAAGGUGGAAGAAAAAUGGGAAGCAGUUUGGAGCCAGAGGUGGCUAUCGAAAUGAGUAAUGAAGCAAUAACGGAUGCUGUCCGUGAAGUUACCCCCAGUGGAAAGAUUGAAGAAAAGGAAGAUGAUCUGGGUGUAAAAACGGCUGAAUUAUUGGAUAAAAAGGAAGAUCAAGGUACGAUUGAACGUGCUGAAGUAAUUGAAGCUGGAUUGGAAGACACUGAGACCAAGAAAAGUCAAGGAAAAAUGGGGCAACAUCAAGAAGUUGAUGAUGAAUCGGAAAAGCGACAAGACGCUCAGGAAGUCCCUGUGGAAGAAGAGGAAGCCCAGGAGACGACAGCUAGUGAAGAUGUGAACCAAUUAUCAACUGCAAUUCAAGAUUUUCAUUUGGAAACCUUUGAAAAACAACAUGGAAAGUCAGAGGAGAAAGAGGAAUUUGAGGAAAACGCUCAAGAAAAGAUUGAAGAGGUAUGUAGCUUGAGGAAAAACGAGUGUUUUAUGAAUUUUUCAGCCAGUUCAAAGCGAUUCCCCCUCGGUUUUCUCGUCCCUUCGCUCGGAUCUCCCAAUUUCCGAAGAUUUGGGACUAGAAUCGCCGAAAAUUGAUGGUGAAAUUGAUGAAGGAGUUGAACAAAAAGAUAAAAUGGGAGGUGAAGUGGAGGAAGAACUUGCAAGCCCUCAGAGAGAACCCACAGAAUCGUCAGAAGAGCCGAAGAGCCAGCCAGAGUCUGCGGAAAGCCGUGGUCGAUCCUCGGAUUCAAAUGGAAGCCAUAGAAGAAGAAGGUAAAUUUUUAUGCUUUUUUGGGUUAAACUAGGUUGGGUGGAAGGGUAACUUUGAGUAUUUUAGAUCUCUAAUCCCUCAACUUCAACGUCUCGACUCUGGUUCAACGGUUUUGCCCACCACAUCGGUUGGUUCUCCAGAUCCUCAGCCCUCGCAUAAGUCCAAAAUUCCAAGAAGAAGAUCUUCGGUUGGUUCAGAACUCCCUGAAUCUACGAUAAAUGAACCAACAACGGCUUCGUCGACUCAGUCAUCAAUCCCGGAACAAUUGGAAACCGCAAAAAGCUCGAGUUCGGAGAGCACGGCUAAAGGGAGCACAAGUUCAAGCGAACAGCCGAGUCGGCAGAGCACUCAAAGAACAUCUACCGACUCUGGAGAUCCAUCAGGAGGUCAGGGUGGAUCGAAGGGAAGCUCGGCAAGGUCGGGACAAGGAACAAUGAACAGCGGAAGCGACAGCAUUCCGGAGGUGGGUAUCUUGAUUAGAGAUAGAUUUAGUGGCAUGGGUAAGAUAAAUUUGGUGAUAAUAGUGACGAUUUUUUAUUGAUGAGAAGUUAGGUUUUUGGUACCGUAGCGUGUUUUAAGAUUACAAGCUUUUUUUUUAUAAAAAGGGGUAUCUUUAAUUAAAGGAGGUCUGAAGAUUGUGAUUUUUAGGAUGUAACGACCGCCAGAGACUCGGAUUCUCCUCAUUCCACCUCACUUACAGUCCCAACCCCGCCUUCCGGUCAAUCUGAUAGCGCCAUUUCAAGCCUCUCAACCCCGAGGAUCUUCAGUCUUUCACAUCCAAACGCGAUGAGGUCCCCAAAAGAAAGGACCUUGACGGUCUGGCCGAAAGCACAGCGAUCCACGGACAACAACUCGUUGUUGUCGGCAUCGAUCAACUCUUCAAGAGCCAAUGACAGUUUGCUGCACACGGGAGAAGUGAACCCGAGACGGAAUGGCUUGGCCGAUAUAGUGGAAAUGAACUCGUUUAGUCAUCUGGAUUAUGUCGAUAAAAUGCAGUCUUGGCACACGAAUGAGAGAGUCGACGCUCUCAUUGAGUAUUUCACGAUCAGAUUCUAUCAGAAGCACGUCUAUAAGUACAGGAAAAGACUUUUGAAUCUUGAGAAAAUUGAGAACUUUAGAGAGGUUCAAGUUGAUGACGAGUUUUUGGAAAAAGAGGUCCCAGAGGAGGAUAUGCUCGAAGUUGUGUGAGUUUUUGAGAUGAACGGGAAGAUUAUGGAAUGAUUUAUCGAUUCAGGUUGAUUGUUGCGGAUCAUGUGGCCUACUUUAUGAACCAAGCCGUCAAGAAUCAAAUGAUCCCAUCAGAAAGAACCAAGGAACUUUAUGAUGCUUUCAGGGGUCCGAAUGAUGAGAACAUGGUCAAGUUUAUUAAGAAAAAGAUGAGACUUCUGACUGAGAUUUAUCCGCAACCAUGCCGUAAGUUUGUAAAAUUUGGGUAUUUUGGGGAUGCCUUUAUAUUGUAGUAGGUGGAGGUUAAAAUUUUUGAUGAUUUUUUAUUGUUGGGGGUGAUAGGAUAUGAGUUUUCGGAUUUUUAGGCUACUUGGAGAUUGUGUGAUAUUGGAGAAUGUAUUUUGUAACGACUGGAGAGUAAAAUUAUAUUGUACUUGACAUUAUUUGAUGAGUUAUUAAAAAUGUUUGUUUUUGUAAAGUGAGAUAGUAGGUUUAGAAGUUAUUUUAUCCGAUUAUGAUUUAGUUAUUUGUUUUUUUAGUCCGAUCAAAAUGGGAAUUGACCUCAAUUGAACGCAAAGUCGACUACAUUCCGGCCGAAGAGCGCUUCCAAAACAACUUUAUCAACGGCAAAAUUGCUGAGCGCGUCUUAAAACCACCCAUUCCAUAUCCCUAA